AUUAUCUGCAAUGGUGAAAUGAAGUAAUUCAAGAUGAGCAAGUUAAAAGUGAUACCAGAGAAAAGCCUUGCUAACAGCUCUAGGGUUGUGGGACUCCUGGCUCAGCUGGAAAAGCUCAGUGCUGAAUCUGCAGAGUCAGAUACCGCCAGACAUGUCACAUCGAAAAUCCUUCAUCUGGCUCAGAGUCAAGAAAAAACAAGGAGAGAAAUGACAGCCAAAGGUUCUACAGGAAUGGAGGUUCUGCUGUCAACAUUAGAGAACACAAAAGAUCUUCAAACUACACUUAAUAUCUUGAGCAUUCUUGUUGAGCUGGUGUCAGCAGGUGGAGGUCGAAGAGCGAGUUUCUUGGUCUCCAAAGGUGGUUCACAAAUAUUAUUACAGUUACUUAUGAAUGCUAGCAAAGAAUCGCCCCUGAAUGAGGAGUUAAUGGUGCAGAUUCAUUCCAUUCUUGCAAAGAUUGGACCGAAAGACAAAAAAUUUGGAGUGAAAGCUAGAAUUAAUGGAGCUCUAAAUAUAACCCUGAGUUUGGUCAAACAGAAUUUGCAGAAUCAUCGCUUGGUUUUGCCUUGUCUUCAGCUUUUACGAGUAUAUUCUGCCAACUCUGUGAAUUCUGUAUCUUUAGGGAAAAAUGGAGUUGUGGAACUGAUGUUUAAAAUCAUCGGACCGUUUAGUAAGAAGAAUUCCAGUCUUAUGAAGGUUGCUUUAGACACUCUUGCUGCAUUGCUAAAAUCAAAAACUAAUGCCAGGAGAGCUGUAGACAGAGGAUAUGUCCAAGUCCUUUUAACAAUUUAUGUAGAUUGGCACCGCCAUGAUAAUCGGCAUAGAAACAUGCUCAUUCGAAAAGGAAUUUUACAGAGUUUAAAAAGUGUUACGAACAUCAAGUUGGGAAGAAAAGCAUUUAUUGAUGCCAAUGGGAUGAAAAUUCUUUAUAACACUUCGCAAGAAUGUUUGGCAGUAAGGACCCUUGAUCCUCUUGUCAACACCUCCAGUCUGAUAAUGAGGAAAUGCUUUCCUAAAAAUCGCCUGCCACUCCCAACGAUUAAAAGUUCUUUCCAUUUCCAGUUACCUGUUAUUCCUGUGACUGGACCUGUGGCCCAGCUCUACAGUUUACCUCCUGAAGACUUUAUAAAUAGAGGAAAAAAAAACUGUACUGAAUCUGAAAACUUGAUAAAAGGAGCAUUCUCAUGGAAUAAACAUAGGAUGUGCAACAAACGUGGUGGAGAAAAGAAUAGAUUAAAGAAGAGUGUCAGCUCUAAUUCACCCUUCUAUGAAAUGCAGUAUCUCUGGCUUUGGAUUGAAGUGGAUGACGUAGUAGAUGAAAGUGAUGACAACGAUGAUAUUGAUUUAGAAGCUGAAAAUGAAACUGAAAAUGAAGAUGACCUAGAUCAAAAUUUUAAGAAUGAUGAUAUUGAAACGGAUAUUAACAAACUAAAACCCCAGCAAGAACCAGGACGAACAAUAGAAGAACUUAAAAUGUAUGAACACCUUUUCCCUGAGCUUGUUGAUGAUUUUCAGGGCUAUGAUUUAAUCUCCAAAGAACCAAAGCCUUUUGUAUUUGAGGGAAAAGUUCGUGGUCCUAUUGUUGUUCCCACAGCAGGAGAGGAAGCAUCUGGGAAUUCAGGCAAUUUAAGAAAAGGAAUUGUAAUGAAGACGACUGUGUCUCCUAAAGGAGAUGAAGGUAAUAAGAAAGCUAUCUCUGUGGAUCUGGCAAAAGAAGACAUUAAAGAGAAUGACAGAACAUUACAGCAGCAGCUCGGAGAUCAAAAUAGAACUAUUUCAUCAGGCCACGGCUUAAACAAUGAUAUAGUGAAGGCCUUGGACCGAAUUACGUUGCAGAGUAUUCCAUCUCAAACAGCCCCAGGUUUUACUGCAGGAAUGAAGGACUACAGUCUCCCUGUCACUGUCCUUACGUGCACUAAAGCAUGUUCACAUGUGGCUGCUUGUGGAAAUGCUCUGUUUGAGGGAAGAACGGUUCAGCUCGGCAAGCUCUGCUGUACCGGAGUCGAAACUGAAGAUGAUGAAGACACGGAGUCUACUUCAUCAGUGGAGCAAGCAUCAGUUGAAGUCCCUGAUGUACCAACACUCCAUGACUCUGACCUUUAUAUUGAGAUUGUGAAAAGUACAAAGUCUGUCCCAGAAUAUUCAGAAGUGGCUUAUCCUGAUUAUUUUGGUCACAUUCCUCCUCCAUUUAAAGAGCCUAUUUUGGAAAGGCCUUAUGGUGUACAAAGAACAAAAAUUGCCCAAGAUAUUGAGAGGCUAAUACAUCAGAGUGAUAUCAUAGAUCGAGUGGUAUAUGACUUAGAUAACCCAAACUAUACCAUUCCAGAAGAAGCAGAUGUUUUGAAGUUUAACUCCAAAUUUGAAUCUGGGAAUCUGCGUAAAGUAAUUCAAAUUAGAAAAAAUGAAUAUGACCUUAUUCUGAACUCAGACAUAAAUAGCAAUCAUUAUCAUCAGUGGUUUUACUUUGAAGUCAGUGGAAUGCGACCAAGUAUUGCUUAUAGGUUCAACAUCAUUAACUGUGAAAAGUCCAACAGUCAGUUUAAUUAUGGUAUGCAACCACUCAUGUAUUCGGUUCAGGAAGCGUUAAAUGCUAGACCAUGGUGGAUUCGUGUGGGGACUGACAUUUGUUACUAUAAAAAUCACUUCUCAAGAAGUUCAAUUGCUGCAGGUGGGCAGAAGGGAAAAUCCUACUAUACAAUUACAUUCACUGUCAGUUUUCCACAUAAAGAUGAUGUGUGCUAUUUUGCUUAUCAUUAUCCAUAUACAUAUUCAACUUUACAGAUGCAUCUUCAAAAAUUGGAGUCAGCACACAAUCCUCAGCAAAUCUAUUUCCGAAAAGAUGUGUUAUGUGAAACCCUGUCUGGAAACAGCUGUCCAUUGGUGACUAUAACAGCGAUGCCAGAGUCUAAUUAUUAUGAACACAUCUGUCAAUUCAGAAAUCGUCCGUAUGUUUUCUUAUCUGCUCGAGUACAUCCUGGAGAAACUAAUGCAAGUUGGGUAAUGAAAGGAACGUUGGAGUAUCUCAUGAGUAAUAACCCUACUGCUCAGAGUUUACGAGAAUCCUAUAUUUUUAAAAUUGUCCCUAUGCUAAAUCCAGAUGGUGUCAUCAAUGGAAAUCACCGCUGUUCCUUAAGUGGGGAGGAUUUGAAUAGACAGUGGCAAAGUCCAAAUCCAGACUUACACCCUACAAUUUAUCAUGCCAAGGGCCUGCUACAGUACCUGGCUGCCGUGAAGCGUUUACCACUGGUUUAUUGUGAUUAUCAUGGUCACUCCCGAAAGAAGAAUGUAUUUAUGUAUGGCUGCAGCAUCAAAGAGACGGUGUGGCAUACAAAUGACAAUGCAGCAUCAUGUGAUGUUGUGGAAGAUGUGGGAUACAGGACUUUGCCUAAGAUUCUAAGCCAUAUCGCCCCAGCAUUUUGCAUGAGCAGCUGUAGCUUCGUAGUGGAAAAAUCUAAAGAAUCUACGGCUCGUGUUGUAGUUUGGAGAGAGAUAGGGGUGCAAAGAAGCUAUACCAUGGAGACGACUUUGUGUGGCUGUGACCAGGGAAAAUAUAAGGGUUUACAGAUUGGUACUCGAGAAUUGGAAGAGAUGGGAGCAAAAUUUUGUGUUGGUCUGUUGCGUUUGAAAAGACUGACAUCCCCACUGGAAUAUAAUCUGCCUUCCAGCCUGCUUGACUUUGAGAAUGACUUGAUUGAAUCGAGCUGCAAAGUAACUAGCCCCACCACUUAUGUUUUGGAUGAAGAUGAACCUCGAUUCCUUGAAGAAGUUGAUUACAGUGCAGAAAGUAAUGAUGACUUAGAUAUUGAAUUGGCUGAAAACACAGGAGACUAUGAACCUUCUACCCAAGAAGAAGUACUUUCUGACUCUGAAUCAAGAACAUACUUAUCUUGAACCCUUUGCCAUCACUUAUUAAUUGCAAAGAAGAAGUGAAAUAUCUUGGUUUUUGUUACAUAGGAAGUGUGAGAGAAAUGACUUUAUAGAAAGCUGACUCAGAAAGACGGAAAGCAUCUUGGACCUGUUUGGUUUCAAGACAAUAAAUAUGUUAUUAAUUCAUGAUAAAAUUGGCACUUGUUUUAUUUUAGAUAUUCAAUGCACUUUACAUAGCAUUGAAGUAUCAAAUAUUGGAUUUACUUUUUAAAAAAACCCUGAGUGUCACUGCAUGAGUUUUUAAUCUCCUUAUGGUUAUAUAUCCUGCAUCAAAUGGGUAAUUUUGAAGUGCGUGAGAAUAUAAAGUCUAAAUUCCAGAGUUGUUGAGAAUCCUGAGUUACUGAAAACUAAUAUAUAUGUACAUGGAUUCCUGUAGAUGUGUCUGUGUAAGGAUGGGUAGAUAUUGAAGAUAUGACUGUUCUUCUCAAUCAUGUUAACUGUUGAGUUGUGACUGAAAUCAUCCAGAGUUUGCCUUGAAACCAUUACAUUCUACAUUUACCAAAUUAAACAAAUAAAAACUAUAUUAAAUGUU